AGAAGAUAUUUAAAAAAAAAAAAGAUAAACUUUUUUCAAAGAUUUUGAUUCCAGUGGAAUCUUUGCUUUAGAUUUUUGCGUGUGUGUGUUAGUGAAUUGUAACUCCAGAAGCGAUGCCUGUACAAGCUCCACAAUGGACGGAUUUCCUCUCCUGCCCAAUUUGCACUCAGACUUUUGAUGAAACGAUUCGAAAGCCCAUCAGUUUGGGCUGUGGCCAUACUGUCUGCAAGAUGUGCCUGAAUAAACUCCACCGCAAGGCUUGCCCAUUUGACCAGACCACUAUCAAUACCGACAUUGAGCUUCUCCCUGUGAACUCAGCAUUGCUGCAGCUAGUGGGUGCUCAGGUCCCUGAACAGCAGCCCAUUACUUUGUGUAGUGGGGUGGAAGAUACAAAGCAUUAUGAGGAAGCCAAGAAAUGUGUAGAAGAAUUAGCAUUGUACCUGAAGCCACUCAGCAGUGCUAGAGGAGUGGGUCUGAAUAGCACUACUCAGAGUGUUCUGAGUCGCCCAAUGCAGAGAAAGCUUGUGACUCUGGUUCACUGCCAACUAGUAGAAGAAGAAGGCAGGAUUCGUGCCAUGAGGGCAGCUCGAUCUUUGGGUGAACGAACAGUUACAGAGCUCAUUCUCCAGCAUCAGAAUCCUCAGCAACUCUCUUCCAAUCUUUGGGCAGCAGUCAGGGCUAGGGGCUGCCAGUUCCUUGGACCAGCAAUGCAGGAGGAAGCUCUAAAGCUGGUUCUGCUGGCCUUAGAAGAUGGUUCUGCUUUGUCAAGAAAAGUACUGGUUCUCUUUGUGGUGCAAAGGUUGGAGCCACGGUUUCCUCAAGCCUCUAAAACUAGCAUUGGGCAUGUUGUUCAGCUCCUUUAUAGAGCCUCCUGCUUCAAGGUCACCAAACGUGAUGAAGACUCUUCUUUGAUGCAACUGAAAGAAGAGUUUAGAACCUAUGAAGCUCUGAGACGAGAACAUGACUCCCAGAUAGUGCAGAUUGCAAUGGAAGCAGGCUUACGAAUUGCACCAGACCAAUGGUCUUCUUUGCUUUAUGGAGAUCAGUCUCACAAAUCUCAUAUGCAGUCCAUUAUUGAUAAGUUGCAGACUCCGGCCUCUUUUGCACAGAGUGUUCAGGAACUAACAAUUGCUCUCCAGCGGACUGGAGACCCAGCAAACUUGAACCGAUUAAGACCCCAUUUGGAGCUAUUAGCAAACAUUGACCCUAGCCCAGAUGCUCCUCCUCCUACUUGGGAACAGCUAGAAAAUGGACUGGUUGCUGUGCGUACAGUGGUACAUGGGCUGGUUGAUUAUAUCCAGAACCAUAGCAAAAAAGGAGCAGAUCAACAGCAGCCUCCACAGCAUAGCAAAUAUAAAACAUACAUGUGUCGAGAUAUGAAGCAGAGAGGAGGAUGCCCUCGUGGGGCCAGCUGUACAUUUGCACACUCACAGGAGGAACUGGAAAAAUUUCGUAAAAUGAACAAACGCUUGCUUCCCAGAAGACCCCUGAGUGCCUCUUUGGGUCAGCUUAAUGAGGUGGGCCUGCCUUCAGCAUCUAUCCUUCCAGAUGAAGGGGCAGUGGAUCUGCCUAGCAGAAAACCCCCUGCUCUGCCAAAUGGAAUUGUAUCAGCAGGGAAUACAGUAACACAGCUGAUUCCACGAGGGACGGACCCCACCUAUGAUUCUAGUCUGAAACCAGGAAAGAUAGAUCAUCUGAGCAGUAGUGCUCCUGGAUCGCCUCCUGACCUGCUAGAAUCUGUCCCUAAGAAUAUUUCUGCCUUACCUGUGAAUCCACAUCCUGUACCUCCAAGGGGGCCAACGGAUCUGCCUCCAAUGCCUGUCACCAAACCACUUCAGAUGGUACCACGAAGUUCUCAGUUAUAUCCAGCACAACAGGCAGAUGUUUAUUAUCAGGAUCCUCGAGGAGCUGCCCCACCAUUUGAACCAGCACCAUAUCAGCAGGUUGAUUCAGUUUCACAUUCAAAACUCGUGCAAGUGCAGGAGCUGAGGGUAGCCCCCUCUUCCCAGAAGCAGGAGCCCCCUUAUAGCCGGCUUCCUCCUCCUCCGCAGCCCCAUCCUAGUCUAGAUGAGCUACAUCGCCGACGGAAGGAAAUAAUGGCCCAACUAGAGGAAAGAAAGGUUAUCUCCCCGCCUCCUUUCGCACCUUCACCAACAUUGCCUCCUUCCUUCCAUCAAGAGGAAUUUUUGGAUGAAGACUUGAAGGUAGCUGGGAAAUACAAAGGAAACGAUUAUAGCCAAUACUCUCCCUGGUCAUGUGACACCAUUGGCUCCUACAUUGGAACCAAAGAUGCAAAACCCAAAGAUGUUGUGGCAGCAGGGAGUGUGGAAAUGAUGAGUGUAGAGAGUAAAGGAAUGAGAGAUCAGCGAUUGGAUCUUCAGAGAAGAACAGCUGAAACCAGUGAUGAUGACCUCAUCCCAUUUGGAGACCGACCAACAGUAUCUCGGUUUGGUGCCAUCUCUCGAACUUCCAAAACAAUAUAUCAGGGUGCUGGCCCAGUGCAGGCUAUGGCACCUCAGGGGGCUCCCACAAAAUCUAUUAACAUUUCAGAUUAUAGUCCAUAUGGAACCCAUGGUGGCUGGGGAGGUUCUCCAUAUUCACCUCAUCAAAAUAUACCUUCUCAGGGACAUUUCAGCGAAAGAGAGAGAAUAUCCAUGUCAGAAGUGGCCAGUCAUGGAAAACCCCUUCCAUCUGCUCAGAGAGAACAGUUACGACUAGAAUUGCAGCAACUGAACCAUCAGAUUAGCCAGCAGACCCAGCUACGUGGACUAGAGGCCGUUAGUAACAGGCUGGUGUUGCAGAGGGAGGCGAACACCCUGGCAGGCCAGCCACAGCCCCCACCACCACCACCUCCAAAGUGGCCUGGAAUGAUCUCAAGUGAGCAGUUGAGCUUGGAACUGCAUCAGGUGGAAAGGGAAAUUGGGAAGAGAACCCGGGAACUAAGUAUGGAGAGCCAGUGUUCUAUGGACAUGAAAAGUAAAUUGAAUGCAAGUAAGCAAGCAGAAAAUGGACAACCAGAACCACAAAACAAGGUUCCAGCUGAGGACCUUACAUUAACGUUCAGUGAUGUACCGAAUGGAUCAGCCUUGACACAAGAGAAUAUCAGCCUCCUAUCAAACAAGACCAGCUCUCUGAACCUAUCAGAAGACCCCGAGGGAGGAGGGGAUAACAAUGACUCCCAGAGAUCAGGAGUUACUUCCAGUUCUGCUCCCUAAAAUAUGAGGAGACCUACUUUUAUCUUCUGCUCCUAAUCAGUUUGUGGGGCAUAGGGUAGGAGAACGGAUAACUUCUAAACUUUUUCUCUAAGAGUGGUCAGAGAAAUCCAGGAAAUGCACCGGAGGCAAUGUGCACAAACACCACUACUAAAAAAAACCCUGCACAUAGUUCCCAUUAAUGCAUUUUUUAAUUUAAAGAAAAAGAAAAUUAGCAGUAUCUGCAAGCAAUUCAGAUUAAAUUUGUUUUUGUUC